CCCAACUUCUCUGCCUCAUAUUCUUUCAAACCCCAAUGCCCUCUUAUCUGCUUCUCUUCUUCUCUUCUUCUUCCAUCUGCACCACUUUUGGCUUCAACCUCAUCAAUGGCGACUGAUCAGAACACGUCCCAAAGAAGGGAUUCCAAUACCCAGCUUCUCGAUGAGCUCGAGGCCCUCAGCCAAUCGCUCUACCAAAACCACAUCUCCACUACGCGAAGAACAGCCUCGCUUGCUCUUCCUCGGAGCUCUCUUCCUUCUAUUCCUUCUGCUGAAGAUGUGGGCAUCGCUAGAAACGACGACAGGCUCAACAGGCCCAAGUCCCGACGGAUGUCUCUGUCGCCGUGGCGUUCUCGACCCAAGCUCAACGAUGAGGAUAAAUCGCAAACGGAACCAAGCAGGGUAUCUUCGAGUCAGCCGGAGGCAAGGAAGUUGGAUGAAGCGGCGCCGGAGAAGAAGGGGAUUUGGAAUUGGAAGCCGAUUCGAGCUCUCACCCUCCUUGGAAUGCACAAGAUGAGUUGCUUGUUCUCUGUUGAAGUGGUCACCGUUCAGGGCCUACCAGCCUCCAUGAAUGGGCUUCGACUUUCCGUUUGUGUGAGGAAGAAAGAGACCAAAGAUGGAGCUGUCAAUACAAUGCCGUCUAGAGUUUCGCAAGGCGCUGCGGAUUUCGAAGAGACAUUGUUCCUCAAAUGCCAUGUUUAUUGCACUCCUGGAAACCGAAAGCCUAUGAAAUUCGAGCCUCGUCCGUUUUGGAUUUACGCUUUUGCUGUAGAUGCUAAGGAGCUUGAUUUCGGGAGAAAUUCAGUGGAUUUGAGUAAACUUAUUGAAGAAUCCACGGAGAAGAGUUACGAAGGAACGCGAGUUCGACAGUGGGACAUUAGCUUUAAUCUGGCGGGAAAAGCCAGAGGGGGAGAGCUCCUCGUUAAAUUAGGAUUUCAGAUUAUGGAGAAAGACGGAGGAAUUGGUAUUUACAAUCAAGCACAGCCGAUGGAAUCGAAAUCGGUAAAAUCUUUCGGGAGAAAGCAAUCGAAGACCUCAUUCAGUGUUCUUAGUCCGAGAUUAACCAGUCAAAGUGAAGCUUGGACUCCAUCGCAAACAAGACCGUCGGCGGAUCUUCCAGGAAUGGAUGACCUAAACUUAGAUGAACCAGCGCCAAUUCCGUCAACCUCGCCGCCUGUUCAGAAAUCAGAUGAACCGAAGAUUGAAGAUCUCGAUCUUCCAGACUUUGAAGUUGUGGAUAAAGGAGUAGAGAUUCAGGAGGAAGAGGAAAAGGUGGAAAAAGAAGAAUCCGAGAAAUCAGUGGACGAAAAGUCGACUUCAAGCGAGGUAGUCAAGGAAGUGGUGCACGACCAGGCUCAUUUGAAUCGACUAUCGGAACUCGAUUCAAUUGCGCAGCAAAUAAAAGCUCUGGAAUCCAUGAUGGGAGAUGAAAACAUUGGUAGAAAUGAUGAAGAAUCCGAUUCGCAGAGACUUGAUGCUGAAGAAGAAAACGUAACGAAGGAAUUUCUUCAGAUGCUGGAGGAGGAAGAUGGUACAGGCUCAUACAACAACGGUAACAAUGAAUUCAGUUACCCUGAAAUUCCUCCUCUCCAACUUGAAGAAACAGAGGAUUCCAUGGAGACUGAAUCCAAAUCAUACCUUUCAGAUCUUGGAAAGGGAUUAGGCUGUGUUGUUCAAACCAAAGAUGGAAGCUACUUAGCCGCAAUGAAUCCAUUAAACACCCCAGUUUCAAGGAAGGAGACUCCAAAACUAGCGAUGCAGAUAUCGAAACCAGUGAUUUUAGCGUCCACACAGUCGCUGAGCGGGUUUGAAUUGUUUCAAAGAAUGGCCUGCAGUGGGGUAGAGGCACUGAGCUCAAAAGUAGUGGCAUUAAUGUCUUCGGAUGAACUGAUGGGAAAAACAGCAGAACAAUUAGCAUUUGAAGGAAUUGCCUCAGCAAUCAUUCAAGGGAGAAACAAAGAAGGAGCAAGCUCCACCGCCGCCCGGGCUGUUGGUACUGUAAAAGCAAUGGCGGCCGCAUUGAGCACAGGAAGGAAGGAGAGGAUUUCGACAGGAAUAUGGAACUUGAACGAAGCCCCUCUGACCAUUGAAGAGAUUCUAGCGUUCUCAAUGCAGAAGCUGGAAGAAAUGAGCGUCGAAGCCUUAAAAAUCCAGGCGGAAAUGGCGGAGGAAGAAGCCCCAUUUGACGUCUCUGCUCUGAAUGUGAAAAUUGGGGGAAAAGAUCAAAACCAAUUCUACCCCCUGGACUCUGCAGUUCCCUUCGAAGAUUGGAUGAAGAAAUUCAACUUCGCCGGAUAUGGAAACAAAAGGGAAGACCCAGAAGGCGUCACACUGGCGGUGGUGGUGCAGCUAAGAGACCCACUGAGGAGAUACGAAGCAGUGGGAGGGCCUGUGUUGGGCCUGAUCCAUGCCGAAGAAGUAGAAAUGGAAGACGAAAGAAGCAAAUACGAAGAGGAAAGAAGAUUCAAGGUGACGAGCUUGCACGUGGGAGGGUUGAAGGUGAGGAGGGGCGGAGGGAAGAGAAACGCCUGGGACAGUGAAAAGCAGAUGCUGACGGCGAUGCAGUGGCUGGUGGCGUAUGGGAUUGGGAAGGCGGCGAAGAAGGGAAGACAUUUAGCAUCCAAGGGCCCGGAUUUGCUGUGGAGCUUGUCGUCGAGAGUAAUGGCGGACAUGUGGCUCAAACCUAUACGAAACCCAGAUGUAAAGUUUGCUAAUUAGAACGGGCGGUUUCAAUUCCGGCCAGUAGUACUUGCCUCGCCGCCGAGGCCCACACCGGAGACGGUGUCCGUCGAGUGUGUCGAUAUUUAUUAUUUCCGAUAUAAUUGAUUAUAAGAGAGUAGUACAUACAUGUUGACUACGAAAA